AUUGCUUCUGGAGGCUUCGCUCUCGGAGACGACUCCGUUCCUGAUUGGGAUUUGGGAAUUUUGAGCUCAGAGCGUUUGUUUUUGGAGAGAGAGAGGGGAAGAAGGAUGUCGUACUUGCUGCCGCAUCUGCACUCUGGAUGGGCGGUGGAUCAGGCGAUCCUGGCCGAGGAAGAACGCCUCGUCAUCAUCCGAUUUGGUCACGACUGGGACGAAACUUGCAUGCAGAUGGACGAGGUGCUGGCCUCUGUUGCUGAGACGAUAAAGAACUUUGCCGUGAUUUACUUGGUGGACAUCACAGAGGUCCCGGACUUCAACACCAUGUAUGAGCUGUACGACCCUUCCACCGUCAUGUUCUUCUUCAGGAACAAACACAUUAUGAUCGAUCUUGGCACGGGGAACAACAAUAAGAUCAAUUGGGCACUGAAGGACAAACAGGAGUUCAUCGACAUUGUUGAAACUGUGUAUCGCGGUGCAAGAAAGGGACGCGGGCUUGUAAUUGCUCCCAAAGACUACUCCACUAAAUACCGAUAUUAAGCUGUGGGGAUGGAUAUGUCCUCUUCAAUGGAUACUGUAAACAUCCUCAAGUGGGCUUCCAAAUUUAAGCUGAAACUGUUCCUCCUAUGUUAUGUACAAGAAUGAAUUCUAUUAUGUUAGAACUUUGCUCUAUUUUUCUGGCUUGAGACCGCAAUGCAAUCUAGAACUUUGAAGAGUUUCUUGA